AUAAAGCGAUGGCGAGCCAGAUGCUUUGGUCCUUUAAAUCUCCAUGGAAAUUGCGCACGUGCUCCUGCAAUAUCCAUAGCUCAGUAAGAGCUUUGAUUUGUACUGUACAAACACAGAAACAUGAAUAAACAUAAUACGUGAUAUCUGCUCUAUGCCACGGUUUUCUUCCCCCUUUUGGGCACAAUCCCAUAAGCACUUGUGUGAUGUGACUCGGCUUGUUUGCGUUUUCUGUUUGCUUUCCAGUCCCCCUCUGGUCUCUGUGCUCUAUUCACUCCUUAGUCUCAGCUGGUCUUAGUAUGGCAAAUCUGAAGAAACCUCCUUUUUUUCUUCUUUUUUUUGUCUUCCCUCCCUUUCAAAUAUUCAGCCGUGUACCAAAAGUGUUCCUCUUGUUUUUACGCGUGUCAAUCGCCUUCCGUCUGCCUCGCUCCUUCCCUUUCUCAAAGCUUACCUUGCCCUUUUCUUUUGACUUUCUGGGGUCUGGAUCCCCGAUAAGAUUCGGACUGGGUAGCCUACAUAUUGAGUCCUCUAUUGUCCUUCAAGGGCUGUACUACGCUAAUUAAAUUUUAUCCAGCCAUAUAAAAACUAUUUCACUCCUCCACGCUCCCAAUUCAGCUUGCCAGCCUAAGUCCCCUCUUAUUCCUUGCCCUAAAAAUACAGUGUUCAUUGAGUCAAAUCAAUAGAAAACAUUUGAAAAUCUCCAUUAUUGUGGGAUUUUUGUCUCCUUUCUAUUGUGAUAAAAGCACAGCGGAACAGCUUGCAGCUUAAUUUGUGCAACCGAGACGCGCGGGACAGACGAAGGCCAUUAAUGCAAAAGGCAUUAUGCGCAGCAGCAAGUUUCUUUAUCACCCUGUUAUUGAACUCAAAAAUAUUUCCACGCCAUCCUUAGCAUCUGAUAAUUUCAUAGAACAUUGAUUUGCCGUCUGUUAAUUAUCAUUGCGUGCCAGGGAUGUGCACAGACAUUUUGAGGGGCAGGGGCUCAAGUGAAAUAAAGGGCACUUCUCAUAAUUACAUAUUUCUUUUUCUUUUUUGAAACAAAAAAGUAUAUAUAUUAACGCAACACUGACUUCCUUUUUUAAAAAAAUAAUUUAAAAAAGUUAAUUAAUUCUAUCUUCCUCAAACUCUAAUUUUCAAAAGAUGUCUACAAAAUAAUCAGUUCACACAGAAACCAUGGUCUCCUUAGUAUUCACUAGGUUUAUAGAGCAGCAAAGGAAACCAUCCCACAAUGUGCAUGUUUUGAAAACCUUUUCUGCUACUAGCUUCAAGUAUAUAUUUAGAAUAACCAAAAUAACUGCAUCAAGCAGAGGGGUGUGUUUUACUAAUAAUUUGUUUAUUUUUUUUGCACAAGGCACUACAUCAUUUUAGUUAUUUUGGUUUUAUCAGAACACAUAACACUUUUAAAUCAACACAAAUAUUCACUCUAAACUGAAGAGGGUUGUUGCUGCUAUUUUGUUAACUUUGCAUUAUGCUGCCUGCCUGGCCCUGCACUGCUAGCAUGAUUCAAAUUAAUUGUUUAAAUACUUUUUGUUUCACAAGCAAAAUAACUUUUUAGCUUCACACAACUAAGCAUCAGAAUACUGAAUUGCCUUAAUGUUUUAAUCAAAUACAUAAAUAUUAUUAUUGCUAUGCAUGUACACAUACACAAUAACUGAUGGUGACUGACAAGGACUUAGUUUCACAUUUGAGGGAGGACUGUAUCAUCACCAUCAUCAAACAAAACCUUCAAAAUCCACAUUUAGAUGGAGUUUGUUUUAAACCUACUUCACUCAAAAAAUAUUCUGUGGCUUAGUAAAUAUUUAACUUAAUUAACUUAAUAAAAUCUCUGAAAAUCUUACUUGAUUGUUUGAAUUAAGCUUACCAAAAUAAUUGAGUAAAAAUUAAAUAAAAUUAAAUAAAAGCCAAUGUCAUGUAUGUAUUUGUGGUUGUAUGGAAUACUAUUUUAUAAAGGUUUAGAGGAAAUAAAAAAAAAGUUCAUAAUUAAAAAGUUAAUUUAUAAAUAUUGUUAUUUUUAAUGUUAACUUAUUUCUACUCAGUUUUAUUUAUUAAUGUACAGAUGCAGUUACUCAGAUUUACUACAUUUUUUAGAGUGUAGCCUAUCCUCCAUCUGUUUGCAUCUGAAAAGGGCACUUUCUCUCCAGGAAUAAAAAGGGCAGGUGCUCAAGCCCCCUUUGAUGUCUAUGUGUGCACGUGCCUGUUGAGUGCUGUACACCGCUCUGUCGUCACUUAUAGGCGCAGCUUUUACAUUAGUCAGUUACAUAACGUUUUCUUCCAAACUAACGAAUAUUCCCUUUUUUUUCUUCCCAAGUUUAAAAUCACUUAUGGACAUCUGUACUUAUCGACGUAUAGAAACACACGUUGAUCAAUACAGUCAUAUCCGCCAAAGCAAUAAUCAAUAGGCUAUGCAACAAAAAAAAGUUCAAAUCGCAUGCCAGCGUCAUUGCAGGUUACAUCAAACUUAAAUUUCUUUAGAUGAUAAUAAUAUUUUUAAUUAAAAAUGCUUGAGAUAGGAUCUGUCAGUUCCAUCACGAUUUUAAGCGCAAAAGCCCAAAGUAUUUCUAUAAUAAGAGAAACAUGACUGCAUCUCUCACCCCAUGCUGGCUGAGUUUGCCCUUAUUUAUGAGACCGAUAAUAGUGCAAUAAAAACAAAUCAAUAUGUACUUGUGCAAAUCCAAAUUCUACAGGGAGGGUGAAACCCCUGAAGAAUUAGAAAAUCCUGGAGGGUAGGUUGGGGGAGCAGCUUUGAGUCCUAAUCUUUUUUCUUCCCCUAUCACUCACCUAGCCUAUAGUGUAUUCUCCUCAGCGCUCUCCUCGCAUCUCCCUUUGGAAGUUCCCCACCCUUAAAGUAAAGAAGAGUGCAUAGAUGUCAAAUUGCCCUAAAAAACACCAUGAAAGAUUGAUUUGCAUCACUUUUCAUUCAGCUGGCAUUAUUUUGAAGAGAGCUGAAUAGGAAACCCGCAAGCCGGGGAAGGAAUAAAGAUGUCCUCCCUGUUGGAAAGGGGGGGAACUGCCCAAUUUGUCUCAACCCUGGAGAAAGAGGGGGAAAGGCAAAGGGCUAUUCAGAAAAAAAGCCCAUAUACACCUACACAAUACUAAAAGACUACUAACAUCCAUGAAUAUUAAAUUACUUCGGCGUGAAAAAGAUUGAAUAAAAGAAACUUGACCCAGACGGCUUUGCAUACUUUCGUACUCCAAAGCACAUCAUUAAAAGCUAUUCAGAUUGUUUAUGCCAAUUUCAUUUUGAUGUGAAUACUGAGUUCUGUGCAUUUAACAUUAAUAGAAAAGAACGUAAUGUUUGUGCUAGUGUUCAGCCACAUGUGCUUUUAGAAGGGAAAUUACACAAUGUCCUAUAAUUACUGUACAAUAUUUGUAAUGAAUAAUGAAUAAAUAUAAUUACUGAGCUACUGAUGAAUGCUGGGGCUCAAAAUGAAGAAAAUACUUCGGUUCCACUAAGGAAGAAAAUAUAUCGGUCAAAGUUUAAGACACAAAGGCCACUUUUUCUACAUCACGGUACUUAUAUGGUUCUUCUUUUCUUAUAUUUUCUUAUGUCUGACUGAUAUACUCGAUAUUAUCUCCUAGACAAACGAAAUAAAUCAGCUAACAUAUUUUAACCUGGGUAUUUUACUAGUCUUCAAACUUAGAGGUCAAGUUUGCUUUUAGGUUUUCAUGCCAGAAACGCUGCUGUUCCUUUCGAGCUCACGGAGCAGAGAUGGGGCAUGUUAUUUUAGCCUAAACGCGCCGUUGUUGGGUCCUGAACAUCAUCACACACACAUCGCUCCCCAUUCUUCCCCCACCCCUUCAGGAGUAGCCACUCAAUAAAGAGUGUGGCGUUUUUUCCCUAUGCUUGAACAAGUCUAAAGAACACAGGGGGGAAGGUCAUUAAUAACUAAUUACCGUGACCUGACGCGUAUAAAGUGCACCGGGACCUUGGAAAGGCGAAACAUUCUCUCGACAAUUAGCAAGAGAGCAUAUUGAGAUUGCAUUGGCCCCAUACUGAUUCAUCGAUUACAUUAACUUUUUGCAUUAUAGAUAGCCUCUUCGGUCUAAAUUUAACAGCAAGGGGGUACUCUCUGAUUUGUAUAGCCGGGAUAUUAGUUAAUGGUUUCGCAUUUGGCUCAUCAUGGGUUCAGUGUUGCCUGCAGAUGCUCUGGUUCUGAAGAUUGGAUUUAAGCAGCAGACUCUGGCCCUGUCCGACAUCAUCACAUCAGACAUCCUGCACAGUUUUCUCUACGGCCGCUGGAGGAACGUCCUGGCCGAACACCUGUUCGAGGAGAAGGCCAGCACCAUCAGUCCCAAAACCGCCUUCACCGCCGAGGUCCUGGCGCAGUCGUUCUCCGGAGAGGUCCAGAAACUAUCCAGUUUAGGGCUGCCAAGUGAAGUCAUCAUUGCGCAGAGCUCAAUCCCUGGAGAAGGACUUGGCAUCUUCUCCAAGACCUGGAUAAAAGCUGACACCGAGAUGGGUCCCUUCACAGGAAGGGUCAUUUCACCCGAGCAUGUGGAUCUUUUCAAGAACAACAAUCUCAUGUGGGAGGUUUUCAAUGAAGAUGGCGUGGUGCGCUAUUUCAUCGAUGCCAGCCAAGAGGACCAUCAAAGCUGGAUGACUUACAUCAAAUGCGCGCGCAACGAGCAAGAACAGAACCUGGAGGUCGUGCAGAUCGGAAGCAGCAUAUAUUACAAAGCAGUAGAGACAAUACUUCCAGAUCAGGAAUUGCUUGUGUGGUAUGGAAAUUCCCACAACACUUUCCUGGGUAUCCCAGGUGUCCCUGGCAUAGAGGAUGAACAGCUGAAGAAUAAAAAAUAUGAUGAAUUCCACCUGUGUGAUUCCUCCAGCACUACAGCGCUCUCCACCGCCAACCGCAUGCGAUGUGUUAUCUGCCACCGCGGCUUCAACUCCCGCAGUAACCUGCGCUCUCACAUGCGCAUACACACUCUGGACAAGCCUUUCGUCUGCUGUUUCUGCAACCGCCGCUUCAGCCAGUCCUCCACCCUCCGUAACCAUGUGCGGCUCCACACAGGCGAGCGCCCCUACAAGUGCCACAUCUGCCAGAGUGCGUACUCCCAGUUGGCAGGUCUGCGGGCGCACCAGAAGAGUGCCAGGCACCGGCCAACCAGCACAGGAACUGUAGUAGAGCUGCAGGCCCACUCGCCCCCUCCUCCACCACCUCAGCUGGCACAGUUUCCUAACCCGGCCUCACUGGUGCAUCACAUAAGCCUACCCACCAUGGUGCUAUGAGAAUGCAUAAAGCGUCUGAGAUUAUUGCAGACUCGAAGGCUGUUCUUUAGUGCUGCUGGCUCAUGUGUAGAAGAACUGUAUGUCUAUGCCAUGCCCAGUACUCUCACUUUUAGCAGAUGCUUAACAGUUCCUUAAAGAUGAUAAAGCGGUCACAUAUGAUGAACGACGCCUGCAGAACUAAUUUAUUACAGCACUGAAGUGAAAAUUAUGGCAAUGGAAGGGCUGUUUCGUAUGUUCAUGUUGAAUCAGUUUACAUUACAUUAAUUGAACUACUGCUCACUCACUGAUGCUUCUGUUCUAAUGGAUAUCUGCCGUAUUAUAUCUGAUCAAACACUAUCAUUUAAUUUGAUCAGUAGUCAGUUUAUUUUUUAUUCAUAUUUGCAUGCCAUACUAUUGUUUUGUCCCAUUCCACUUAGGAUAAAGCCACAUCACCUCAUUCUCUUUAUCUACUAUGAAGGAUCCACUGGGAUCAAGCACCACCACUUUAGCACCACACUAAAGGAAUGUACAUAUGUUUCGAAGAUUUACUUCCUAAAACAUGGAAUAGUCACUUUAUUUGUGUAUGUCUGUAAAGUUUAAAGUAUUAUUACAAAACUUGGUUCCAUUAUAUUAUGUGUAUACUAUGUUUGCUAAUAAAAAAAUUAUUCACUCUAUACUCAAUAAAUAGAUAAUAAAUCAUA